ACUGGGUUAAACCACUGACAGUUACAAGUUGAAUUAGUUCAAAUCGUUCGUGUAUAAACAAUUGUUUUUAAUAUUCAUAUUAAAUUAUUUGAACUACGAAUAAAAUAUUUAAAUUCAAAAAUUCGGGAUGAGGCCGCAGACGAAGAUGAAGCAGGGCAUGUCGUACUCGAAGAAGGAGAAAACUAUUAUACUGAACGUGUUCAAGUAUUUCAGGAUAGAGUAUCCAGAGAAGUGUGUUACUGAGCUUGUGAGGAAGACGUCGAAGGCAACCGGUUGCAGCGAGAAGAGCAUAUUUCAGUUCCGUAAGGAAGAGGAAAGCGUCGAGGGUUUCAAGGAACCUUCGCGGACGAAGAUCAGGAAACAUCUGAAUAUAAAUAGUAGAGACAUAAAAUAUGAUGCAUCGGUGCGAGAGGCCAUCCGCGUCAUCAUCUACGAUCUAAAGUACAAAAACGUCAUUCCAUCUCUGAACACUAUCCUCAAGCAAGUGAAUUCCAGCAGCUCUUUACCGAAUUUCUCGUUGAUGACUCUGAGGAGGCUGUUGUUCGACAUGGGUUUCUAUUACGAGAAGAACGGUAACAAAUCGAUUUUGGUGGAGAGAGGUGAGAACGAAAAGAAACUGAGCGAUGAUAAUAAGAAACUGGAAGAGAAGAGGUUGCAAGUUGAUGAUAACCCGAUACCCUUCCAUUACGAAGGCCAACCGAGCUUCCAUCCCCCAACCAAUGAACUGAAUAGACCCACAUAUUCCACCUAUAAUGUUUCCAUGAUGAUCAACAACAAUUACGAGAUGCCGAAUGCUUGGGUCCAGCACCAAAUCGGCGUCUCCAAUUAAUAACGUAACCACGGAAAAACAUAAAAAUGAACAAAAGCCGACGUCAGUAUUACCGCAAGCGUGCUGUGAUUUCAAUUCCGAUUUUAUUAUAUUUAAGUCUGAAAAUUAUUUAUUUUGU